UUCAUAAGUUGCUGUGAACCAGACCUUAACCCAUUUGAGCACAGCACUAGAGAGGCAUCGAGAGGGCUUCUAAGGAGGUCCAAGCUCAGUCUUCAAUGGGUGAUCAAGCUGAGCCAUUACUAUCUCAUGGCGUUUUGGACACAGACCGACUCGAGGACCUAUUAUCGAGCCAUCAGCUCACGUGGGUUCAGCUCGGGAAGGCAGCGUGGAUGGAGUCCAAGUCCUUGUGGAUUCUCUCAGGUCCAUCUAUUGUAGUCUCUCUCUUCAAUUUCAUGCUAAGUGUUGUCUCUCAAAUGUUCACUGGCCAACUUGGUGAACUUGAGCUUGCUGGUGCCUCCAUUGCUAGUGUUGGGAUCCAGGGUCUUGCCUAUGGGAUCAUGUUGGGCAUGGCAAGUGCUGUACAAACAGUAUGUGGGCAAGCUUACGGAGCGAAAAAAUAUAGCAUGAUGGGGAUCAUAUGCCAAAAGGCCAUGAUCAUCAUGCUCCUGACCUCCUUCGUGCUCUCGUUCGUCUACUGGUUCUCUGGGCCCGUGUUGAUAGCCAUAGGCCAAACAGAGGACAUUGCAGCUCAAGGCCAGAUAUUUGCUAGAGGUCUCAUCCCUCAGCUCUUUGCAUUUGCUCUGAACUGUCCCCUGCAAAGAUUCUUACAGGCUCAAAAUGUGGUGAACCCCUUAGCCUACAUGGCCGUAGGGACAUUUGUGCUCCAUGUGCUCCUGACCUGGGUUGUGGUCUAUGUCCUAAGUUGGGGGCUGUUAGGGGCAGCCCUUACACUGAGCUUCUCAUGGUGGGUGCUUGUGCUCCUCACCUGGUUCUACAUUGUCUUCUCUAACAAGUGCAAGGAGACAUGGACCGGGUUCUCGUGGCGGGCGUUUUCUGGGCUUUGGGCCUAUUUCAAGCUCACAAUCGCGUCCGCGGUCAUGCUAUGCUUGGAGAUAUGGUAUUUUCAAGGGUUGGUGCUUAUCUCAGGACUCCUACCUGAUCCCGAAGUUUCCUUAGAUUCCAUUUCAGUUUGUAUGAACUACCUAAACUGGGAUAUGCAGCUCAUGUUGGGCCUAAGUUAUGCAGCAAGCAUCCGAGUCGGAAAUGAGCUCGGGGCACAGAAGCCGCGAACCACGAAAUUCUCAGUGGUGGUGGUUACAACUACAUGUUUUAUUAUAAGCUUGGUUUUGAGCAUUGCAGUUUUGUUGUUGAAGAGACAAUUGAGUUUAGCCUUCACUAGCACUGCUGAAGUGAUUGAGGCUGUUCAAGCCAUGACUCCUCUUCUUGCAUUAUCUGUUCUCCUUAAUGGAACACAACCCAUUCUCUCUGGAGUUGCUAUUGGAUGUGGAUGGCAAGCCUUGGUGGCUUAUGUUAAUUUGGCAACUUAUUACAUAAUUGGCCUUCCCAUUGGAUGUGUUCUUGGCUUUAAGGCUGGACUAGAUGCAGCUGGAAUUUGGUGGGGGAUGAUUAUUGGAGUGGGACUACAAACUGCAAUUCUUAUUGUUCUAACAGCUAGAACCAACUGGGACAAAGAGGUUGAAAAGGCGGCUGUGAGAAUAAAGCGCUCAAAUGACGAAGAAACAUUUGAAAAUGGGCGGGCUUAAAGGAUUGUAUUUAGUGAGUGUCGCCAUUGUUCUUCCAAUGCUUUUACAAGCAUUAGCCUUUUUGAUGGAGUUGUGGAAAGAAGGAAUCUCAUGUUUUGAGUUGGUGGUUGCUGAUGAUGUAACCGUGCUGUUAUGAUCUGAUCUUUGUAAUUCUCCGAUUGAUUAAUAAUAUAUGGAAUAUUG